AUGGGGAAGUCCAAGGCUGCAAAGCCUGCGGAGAGUCACGUCUCAGGGCAAUCCAACAAGCCCCUCUCCCAGCCAGCACACGCCUUGACCUUCCAGCAGCUGGCCGAGGAGCUUCGUGCAAACACUGAUCACGGCCUUUCCGCCGCCGAUGCCAAGACUCGUCUAGAGGAGUAUGGCCACAAUGACCUUGGCGAGGCGGAGGGCGUCCAGCCCUUCAAGAUCAUCAUCGCCCAGGUCGCCAAUGCCAUGACCAUGGUCCUCAUCCUGGCCAUGGCUGUUAGUUUCGGCAUCGGCUCCUGGAUUGAGGGCGGUGUCAUCACCUUCGUCAUUCUUCUCAAUGUCAUCGUUGGCUUUUUCCAAGAGUUUUCCGCUGAGAAGACGAUGGACUCCCUCCGAUCACUGAGUUCUCCAACUGCCAGCAUCGUUCGUGACGGCGAGACCAUGGUCGUACCGUCCGGCGAGAUCGUUCCUGGUGACCUGGUCGAAAUCAAGACGGGAGAUACCAUCCCCGCAGAUGUCAGGCUGAUCGAGGCCGUCAACUUCGAGACUGACGAGGCCUUAUUGACCGGCGAGUCCCUCCCCGUGCGCAAGAAUGAAGGCAGCACUUUUCCGGACAACACUGGCCCAGGAGACCGUCUCAACGUCGCAUACAGCUCCUCCAACGUCACCAAGGGCCGCGCCAAGGGAAUCGUCUUCGCCACUGGCGUGUAUACCGAAAUCGGCGCUAUUGCAUCGGCCUUGCGCAAGAAAGACUCCAAGGUACGCGAGGUCAAGCGCAAGCCAGAUGGACGCGCAAAGCCGCACCGCUACCUUGAGGCCUAUACGUUGACCUUGACCGAUGCUAUCGGCCGGUUCUUGGGUGUCAAUGUUGGCACUCCUUUGCAGCAGAAACUGUCCAAGCUCGCUAUGCUGUUAUUCGGCAUUGCUAUUGUCUGUGCCAUCAUUGUCCUCGGCGCCAACAAGUUCGACGCUUCACAAGAGGUCAUCAUCUACGCCGUCGCCACGGGCUUGUCCAUGAUUCCGGCUAGUCUCGUCGUCGUUCUCACCAUCACCAUGGCUGCCGGAACCAAGCGCAUGGUAAAGCGCAACGUCAUCGUGCGCAACCUCAAGUCUCUUGAGGCUCUCGGUGCCGUGACGGAUAUCUGCUCUGACAAGACCGGCACUCUGACACAGGGUAAAAUGUUGGCCCGCGGCGCCUGGUUACCUGGCAUGGGCACGUACACAGUCGAGAACUCGACGUCGCCUAUGGAUCCCACCACUGGUGACAUCCGCUUCGAUGAGCGGUCGCCUAGACACCUCAACUUCAAGAGAGGUGGCGAUGCAUGCGGUUCAAUCGUCAAGACUGAGCAGCUCUUGCAAAGCAGCAGGUUUACCCUUGCGGCGUUUCUCCACGUCGCAUCCCUCGCCAACCUUGCCACGAUCAACAAGAAAGAUGACCAAUGGGUUGCGCGAGGUGACCCGACUGAGAUCGCAAUUCAAGUGUUUGCUUCCCGCUUCGACUGGAAUCGUCUGCGCUUGACCACGGGUGAAACUCCCGAAUGGAGCGAGAUCGCCGAGCUGCCUUUUGAUUCCGAUGUCAAGCGCAUGUCCGUCAUCAUGAAGCACAACGCGACCAACGAGUUCCAUGCCUACACAAAGGGUGCCGUUGAGAGGGUGAUUCAGAUUUGCACCAAAUACACGCCUAAAGAUUCCGGCGAGCUCGUCGAUGUGACGCCCGAGUUCCGCGAGGAAAUUCUUCGCAACAUGGAAGCUCUUGCUGGUCUCGGUCUGCGUGUACUCGCACUUGCCAGCAAACCUUACAACGGGACACUCAACAAGGGUGAUGAGGUCAACCGUGCCUCGGUCGAGUGUGAUCUGGUCUUCCGUGGUCUCAUCGGUCUGUACGACCCACCUCGACCGGAGUCCGCGCCCGCCGUUCGACAGUGUCAUGAAGCUGGCAUUUCGGUACAUAUGCUUACAGGUGAUCAUCCGGAAACUGCAAAGGCUAUUGCUGUCGAGGUGGGCAUUUUGCCGACUCGCAUGGAGCGUGUCGCACGCAACGUAGCAGAUGCCAUGGUUAUGACGGCAUCCCAGUUUGAUGCUUUGACCGACGAUGAGGUGGACAGGCUGCCUGUCCUUCCACUCGUAAUUGCACGAUGCGCCCCCAGCACCAAAGUCCGGAUGAUUGAGGCUCUUCAUCGUCGCAAGAAGUUCUGCGCCAUGACUGGUGACGGCGUCAACGACUCUCCUUCCCUUCGCCGCGCCGACGUCGGCAUCGCCAUGGGACAGUCAGGCUCCGACGUCGCCAAGGACGCGUCCGAUAUCGUUUUGACCGACGACAACUUCGCUUCCAUCGUCGCCGCCAUCGAAGAAGGCCGAAGAAUCUUUGACAACAUCCAAAAGUUCGUGUUGCACGUCCUCGCGGAAAAUAUUGCCCAAGCCGGAACUUUGCUUGUCGGUCUCACCUUCAAGGACACGAGGGGACUGUCAGUCUUUCCGCUGGCCCCCGUUGAAAUUGUCUGGAUCAUCAUGGCGACCUCCGGCAUGCCCGACAUGGGUCUCGGCUUCGAGCGAGCGGUCCCCGACAUCAUGCGCCGCCCGCCUCAAUCGCUCAAGACGGGCAUCUUUACCAUGGAGUUCCUGAUCGACAUGGUCGUGUACGGCCUAUGGAUCACGGCCCUCUGUCUUUCAAGUUUCUCGCUAGUCGUCUAUGGCUUUGGCAACGGCGAGCUCGGAGAGAAUUGCAACGGGAGCUACAACGAGACUUGCGAUACCGUGUUUCGUGCCCGGGCUACAACGUUUGCCUGUCUGACGUGGUUCGCGCUCUUUUUGGCGUGGGAGAUGGUCGACAUGCGCCGGUCGUUCUUCCGCAUGCAGCCGGGGUCGAAGAAGUACUUCACCCAGUGGAUGAUUGAUGUCUGGAGGAACAAGUUCCUGUUCUGGGCAAUCAUCAUCGGUUUCGUCACUCUGUUUCCGUUGCUUUAUAUCCCGGUCAUCAAUACCGAGGUUUUCAAACACAAGGGAAUCUCGUGGGAAUGGGCCAUUGUGUUCAUCGCGGCGGCGCUCUUCUUUGCCGGUGUCGAGUCUUGGAAGUGGGGGAAGCGGGUCUACUUCAGGAAGCAGAGCCGCAAGAGACUAGGCGUAGCGUGGAAAGAUAUGGACAUUGAGCAAAGGGUAUUUGGUGAGUAUCUCGGCGGCCCUUCCGAUGAUGAUCACCACACGGAAGUUGGCGAUUAUGACCAUGACAUCGAGAAGGAGGGUUUGGAGAAAUGA